AUGCAGUCGAAACUCCAGCUGGAAGCUCGGCACGGAAGAUACUCGCCACUAAGAGCAACAACACGCCUCACAGGGCCGCACCUCCUCCCCCCUAAGAUGUCAGUCUUGGAGACUGCAACUUCGACUGCAGGUACUUCGACAUCCCAGUCUCGAAAGAAAAAAUCACAAGUUUCAAUCAAUGGGAAGCACUUCACCCGUCUCGAUUGUAUUGGUCGAGGUGGCAGUUCUCGCGUUUACCGGGUGAUGGCUGAGAACUACAAGAUCUUUGCCCUCAAGCGAGUGAACCUGGAAGAUGUGGAUCCCCUGACUCUGACUGGAUAUAAGGGUGAAAUUGACCUGUUGAAGAAAUUGGAGAAUGUCGACCGUGUGGUGCGCUUGUUUGACUGGGAAUUGAACAACGACAAACACGCCCUUAGCGUACUUAUGGAGAUUGGAGAGUCUGAUCUCGAGAAAAUCCUUACAUUCCGCCUCAACGCCGAAGAUGCUACUUUCGACAUCAACUUCACCCGUUUCUAUUGGAAGGAGAUGCUGGAAUGUGUCCAGGCUGUUCACCAGUAUAACAUUGUUCACUCUGACCUCAAACCAGCCAAUUUCCUAAUGGUGCAAGGCCGCUUGAAACUUAUCGAUUUUGGUAUCGCUAAUGCGAUUCAAGACAACACCGUCAACGUUCACCGCGAGCAACAAGUCGGCACCCCUAACUACAUGUCACCAGAGGCCCUGGUAGAUUCAAAUGUCUCUCUCGGUCUGCCAGCCAGCGUUGGAAAAGUCAUGAAAUUAGGAAAACCCAGCGAUGUCUGGAGUCUUGGUUGCAUUCUGUACAAGAUGGUAUAUGGACAACCGCCCUUUGCAAAAAUCGCCAAAUAUUACGAGCGCAUCAUGGCGAUUCCCAACCCGCGUGUACAAAUUGAUUUCCCAGCUUUCGGCAUCGGCGGUGUGCCGGUGCCUCCCGGUCUUGUACGCACCCUCAAGCGUUGCCUCCAGCGUGAUCAGACUCUCCGACCAACUAUCGAGGAGAUGCUUGGCCCUCGAGACCCGUUCUUGCAUCCCGAUGCUCAACUCGAGGGCGCGGUUCCUGUCACACAGGACAUGCUCGGUCGUAUUCUGGCCAACGUCGUAAACCACUGCAAGGCCCGAGGUGUGCCCAGAGAAGAAGAGCUGGCCGCAUGGCCUGCAGGCUUCUUUGCAAAAAUCAAAGCAGCCCUCGAAGAAGAAAACGCAUGA